AUGAUCAUUUUAUUUUCAGUUUACAAGAACUGCGCUGAAGUCUACAAGUCAGGUGACAAGAUCAGUGGAGUGUAUAAAAUUAAUCCUGAUGGUUUGGGCGAAUUUGAAGUGUUCUGUGAUCAGAAAACAGCCGGUGGAGGUUGGACGGUGUUUCAGAAGAGGCGAGAUGGCUCUGUUGAUUUUUUCCGCACUUGGGAUGAUUACAAACGCGGUUUUGGCAAUCUGAACGGUGAGUUCUGGCUCGGUUUGGAUAAGAUACAUCGGCUGACUGUAAGCGGUGGUUAUAAACUCCGUAUCGACUUGGGAGACAUUCAUGGAAAAACUGCAUUUGCUGAGUACAGCUCCUUUUCUUUGACAAGCGAGAGAGCGAAAUACCAACUGAAUUUGGGAAGUUAUUCAGGUAAGCUUAUACACUAGACUGAAAAAGAAUCAGUCGGCGAAAAAUGUUGCAAAUUGGACAAUACAAUAACAGAAGAAAAAAAGAAAGUAGACAGAAAAUAAGAUUUUUUUUCUGGCCUAGUUGAUCGGGAUUGGAAUUGUGAAAGUUGUUAGUUGAGUUUUACAACAGCAGUUGACCUGUAUUUGUAAUGUCAUAUUAGAUCAUAUCAAAUAGUUCAAAAAGGAUUGGCUCACGUCUUGAGAGUUCAGAAAUUAGGGUAUUUCACUGAAUUGUCAGCAAGUACAAGAUCUCAACCGGUUUCGUAAUUCACCAAAUGUGAUCCUUCAUGUUCCUUUUAAGGAGGUCUUUUAAGACCUUUCGGAGGACAUUUUAAUUUAAUUUUGUUUAAAAACCCUAGAAGUGCUUCUUCCAGUUUGGAUUAAUUUAAGUGGACUAGGAUUGUUUAUGCACAAGUGAAAUUGACCGGUUGAAAAACUCUGCGAAAGAAAACCGAGAAAUAUAAGACCUGUAAGUCGCUUUCCCCCCUUUUUGUAGGAACUGCUGGUGAUGCACUUGGUCCACGUCAUCGCGGUAUGUCAUUUUCCACCAAGGAUCGUGAUAACGAUAAAUACAAAGCAAGCUGUGCCUUGCUUUAUAAAGGCGCCUGGUGGUACAACAGUUGUCACCAUUCCAACCUGAAUGGACUGUACCUCAACGGCAAGGACGACUGUAAAGGAAUGCGCUGGCUCAAUUGGCCGAAGGGUAGCUGCUACUCUGUCAAGAAAACUGAGAUGAAGAUACGUCCAAAAGAUUUUUGAGAUAUUUCUGGCACUUUGUGCUAAGUAAAGCGUAUGUCUCUUGAGGUCUUGAUAUUCUAACAAUAACUAUUUUCAAUGAAGUUAAAAUCAAGUAAUCUUCUGCCAGACAAAUGUAUUGAAAAACGCCAUGCAGUUUAAUGAUUCUGAGUUACGUUCGUUUUUAAUUAACCAGUACACUGUGAUAGAGG